AUGCAGUUCUUCACGGCCAUUUUCUCGCUCUUCGCAGCAGCUGCCACCGCUUUCCCCACCAAGCCUGGCUAUCUCACUCAACCCAUGGCUCGUGACGCUGGCGAUGUCUACGCCUGCACUGGUGCCAACUUCACUGGUGAUUGCCAAUACCUCAAGCAACCCUUCGACACCUGCGUCAUCUUUCCCGAAACACUCAGCAAGAAGGUCUCGUCGUUCGGACCUGAUGAAGGUGCAACAUGCUUGUUGAUGCAGGGUUCAUGUAACGAUUCCAUGCCUUACCGGUCCGCCAGCUACCCAGGUAUCUCGGACUUGCGCAACGUUACCUUUGACGACAUGGCAACAAGCUUCAUCUGCUUGCACUAG